UUUUCACAUAAAGAAGGUAACAGUGGAGCGCUCUACAUGCCAAGAUGGGUGCAAUAUAUAACCUGCUCGAGCAGCACAGACUGGAGUCUUACUACAACAAGUUUCAUCAGUUGGGUGUGAAGGAUGAGAGGGAUUUCUUGGAUGGAGUGACGGAUGAGACGCUGAAUAACAUGGGUUUAAGUCAGGUGGAAAAAGCUCGUUUUUCCACCAUGAAAAACUUCAUUCAAAAACUUGGAGCUCCACAACGACAAGUUCAAGCUGGGACGCCAAUACAAAAAUCACUGGAGUCAUUCUCUAUCCAGUACACAUACCCUAAGUGUCCCUCACCAAAGCAUAUUAAAGAUAUGGACCCAGCACAAAGCACAGUUGAAGAUAUGAUGUUACGAAUCUGUCAUUUUGAAAAUGUUGGCAACAACAAAGGAGUCUGUCUCUACACAGCUGAUGGGAUGCCCCUGACAGAUGACCCCUUCUUCAACACAUGGUCUUUGAAGGACAGACACAUUGAAAAUGGUGCCAUGAUAUAUACCAUAUUUACACCAAAGGAAAAUCUAAGAGGUUCUUCUGAAAGGCCACAACAAAGAUCUGAUGAGACUUCAGGAACAGAUGUAAUUCGAUGUCACAUCAUGCUAAAGGGAGACUAUGAGCUGAUGGUGGACUUAGAAACUGAUACAAUGGUGACUCUAAGACACAAGCUGUCCAAUACAAGUGGAGUCCCUGCACAUAUUCUUCACCUCAAAGGUAAAUACUCCAGUGAUGACACACUGAUAAAGAGUGGAAUCUCUGAAGAGUCGACGGUUUUCUUUUCCAUGUCCUCUUUCCCUGAGGAGACGCCGCAGGAUGAGACGUUCUUCAUUAAUGAUGUUGUACCUUCAGUGACACAAACCAAGAAAGGAAUCAGUGUGCUCUUGUCUUCAUUGUGCCCCAUUAAAGACUUUACAUUGUCAAAGAAGAGAAAGCUGGUUUCCUACAUACGAGAACUGACUGGAUGUAACCCACUCGCCCAGAGUUUGCAUCAGUUACUCUGCAGAAAUGAAAUCCUGACCAGGAAUCAGAAGAUAGCUCUUUUUGAGGGACUGUACGUACUCUUCAGAGAACUUUUGCCUCAACUUGGAUCAAAACGAGGAGAAAAAUUCAUCGAUGACCUGGAAGUCUUUGAAAACUCGUUGUACUGCUGGGCACACCUCCUUGACGGAAUGAAUAAACAAACAUCUGAUCAUGAAGACUUUGCACCAAUCAGCCUUGUGUCUGAAGAUGGAAACCAUUUCUGCGAACCUGUCAGAGUGCCUGGAGUACCAGUUGUCUUAGAAAGAGCAGAUGUCCUCCAGAAAAUCAAAGAUGGAGCAGAAAUUCCAAACUGCACUGAAAAACCUUUGCGAGAAACAUCAUUACAGAGAGCCACUGACAUUGAGAAGAUCCUUCUGAGCUUGCCACGAUAUGCCAUAACAUAUCCUCUGUGGAUUCAUCACAACGUGUCUGGUCAGAACUUUCAGGUCAAUGCUGACUGGACCUUUGGAAGUAUGGUGGAGCGACUGAAAGCUUUCCCUCUUCUCAAUGUGAUACCACCUCUUCACUUCAAGGACCUCGGCUGUUCCCCGAAUACACUUAUUAUGCUCAGUGAAGACAACCUUGGUGUGUAUCUGUUCAAGGACAAAUCAGCCAUGGAUACGAUCAAUGUGCGAAACUGUCUUACUGGAAAAACACACACACUGAAUGUAAAUCUAUUGGCGGCCAUGACUGGUGACCGCAGGGAUGACAAAACAUUUGUCACAACCAGGAUUCCAAAAGAGGCAAUAAUGGUUCUGCUGGAUACCAGUUCUUCAAUGGAUGAAAAAUGUUACGGAAGUGCAGAAAUAAAGAAAAUCCAUGCCGUGAAAGAGCUCUUUGGCAACUUUGCCAACAGAACCAUGGCUUAUGAUUUCCAUCACGUCAUUGGCCUUAUGAAGUUUGACUCUUCUGUUCAAACUGUACACACAUUUACAGAAAAUCUGGAAAAUUUCAAGGAGAAAUUGCAAAACAUUGAAGCAAGUGGAACUACCAAGCUCUACGUCGCCCUACAAGAAGGAGCCUGUGAGCUUGAAAAAGUGAAAAUGAAGUUCCCAGAUUGCAGACUUCGCAUCAUCUGUCUCACCGACGGACAUGAUUUUGGAUCUUCAACAAAGCCAGUUGAUGCUGCAGUCAAACUGCUCAAACUGAACAUCACUGUAGAUUCAGUCCUUCUUGGAAAAUCAGAGAACAACAUGCUGCAUGGAAUCAGUAUUGCAACUGGUGGUUGUUGUUUCAAACCAGAGACAGCCAAAGAUGGUUUGAAGCUCUUUGAAAUUGAGACAGUUCUGUCUCUGGAGCAGAGAAAACCCAAGAAAAAACUGGAUUCUUCUUUCAUCUCUGAGUCAAUGUUAACAGGCCUCUUUGCUACUCAUGGGUAUGAUAAAUAUCCAGAGACAUCCUUGCCAAGCCAGUUACACGGAAAAGUGACCAUGACAGAAAGUGCCCUCAAAAAGAAGAUUCAGGAAUCAAAAGAUGGGAUAUUCAUGGAAAAGGAUAAACGUAUCCUGGAGGAGCUCAAGAGUCUGCACUGUGACCCACAUCCCUUCUUUGGGGUCUUUCCGUCGGAGUCAGACUUCACUUUCUGGAGGAUUGUGAUGCAGGGUCCACCUGAAACCCCAUAUGAGAAGGGCGUGUUUGAGCUGUACUGCCAGUUUGGUACUGACUAUCCUGUGAAGCCUCCACUCCUUCGCUUUGUCACACGUGUUUAUCACUGCAACGUCAACAGCGUGGGCCGCAUCUGCCACAAUAUAUUUGACCGCAACUACAAUGCCCAUAUUACCAUGAAAGAGAUCUUUGACGCUGUGUAUGGACUUCUCAUAAUCCCUGAACCAGAAGACCCGCUGGACAGCGUUUUGGCUGAAGAAUUCAUGACAAACCGUACAGAGUAUGAGCAAGAAGCCAAGAAACAAACAGGAGAGCAUGCUGGGAAGUCACUGAAUGAUGUUGAGAAGAAAUUGGCACUUCCAGUGCCACAGUUCAUCUCCCAGCAUCUGCUCUGUCCUCUUACCAAGAAGAUGUUUGUUGAUCCUGUGAAGACAAAAUACAGCACCGUGUACGAGCGCAAGGCCAUCGAGGAACACCUCAAACAGCACCAGUAUGAUCCGGUGGCUGGUCCGGGGUGUGAGCUUAAAAUGGAAGACUUGCAUUCAGACCGGAACAUGAAGAAAAUGGUGAUGGACCAUCGAUCUCAACAGCUUCAAUGAAUCUGUGGAGAAAAGCUUUCAUAUGCAACUUCCACCACUGAGACACAUACAUAUUGAUUUUUAACUGUUUGGUUGCAACCUGUUUGGUUACAUUUACAUUCACUCAUCGGGUUUGAAUCUCAAAUUAGUCCUGUAAAUUCUUGGAAGUGCUUUCAAAUGUAACUUUGAAAGGGAAAUUGUUGAUUAAGUCUGAGAAAUAUAGUUGUUUGUCUGCUGUUGAAGUAACUGAGCAUGUAUAACUGAUGCUCUCUUGAUUUCUGGUCAGAUCCUGGAGCUUCAAAUGAGAUUUUUUUUUAAAGAAAAAAAAAUGUAUUCCUCCUCAUGAAUCAAAGGAAAUUUGACAGAAUCAAAGAAUUAUUGAUUGAUUUGAUGA